AUGCCUCGGCCUCCUCGCCUGCCCCGCUCGUCGCGGCCACGCAACAACAACCCGAAACGGCCUUCGGCAAUCACGGAGUAUCACCCAUGUGGAAUCCUCCGUCAUGGAAGCUACGAAGUUAUUGGAGGCCAGAAGAUCGGCUUCCCCGACAGAAUCGAGACUGACUUUGUGGUCAACCCUGGUGGCAGUGGUCGAGCAUAUGUCGGGAUCCGUUUCCGCUUCCCGCGGCACUUGGAGAACCAGUCCUUUUCUGGGACUGAAGACGUAUUCUCGAUAGUUCUAAGAUUCCCGGCUGGAACAUUCUCUAUCAUCAACCUCAGCCUCGGUGAUGGCCAGACUGCCUCAGUCGAUGGUCUUGGGCCGGCACUCCGUGAAGAGACGGAUCUCAUUGACAGCUACAUUAACAUUCCGGCCAACUCCAGUAAGACGCAGUAUCCAGAAAGGUUCGAGUUCGACAACCCCGAAGAUGCCCUCACAACCAUGACCCAGUCUGUGGUCCAAGAUGCGUACUGGUUUUACGUCGACGUUCGAGAGAUCCGAAGCAUUCGGCAGCGCGCCUUCUUCUUGAAACAAGGUUCUCGCUCAACUGAGGACACCGACUCCUUCUUCGUCUUGAUGACAUUGACACCUGAUAUUACGACUCGUUUCAGCAAAUCCGUCAAGCGCAUCACCAAACUAGGCCGCACGGUACGAAUCUCGUUCAGAAAGCCCCCAGCCCCAGGCACAAGGAGAAGAGAUGGUAUGGUGGACAGAGACGAUCUCUUCUGGGAGGGUAUAGUCAGACCGACCUAUGCUGCCCAGAUCAAACACAAGCACAGUCUGGUACUUCACGUAAAGCGUCCGUCCAACCCGGAAUCAGCUGCAUUUGCUAUCCGCGACUACAAGAUCAAGACUUGGUCACCAGAGUCUGAGUCAGACGACUAG